CUGAUCUGCUGACCAAGUUCCUCAUGGUUUGCCUCUUCCUCUAUCAUUACACACGCACACACACACAUACACACUUGCUGGACGAACUCGGUACUUUACGAUCAAUUCAACGGUAGAUCAUCCAUAUUAUCUGUUGUAACGUUUUUAAUAGUGUCUGUUUUGCGUAUCUUUGUAACUUUCCUUCACUUUUUUGUGUUUCUUUCUUCAUGUUCAUGUCUGUACUUGUCACUGUCGGAUCAACAAGCUUUAACGAGCUUAUUGAAGCUGUAGGACACAAAUCCUUCUAUGAAACUCUCGUUCGACACGGCUAUUCGCGUUUGUACGUUCAAUAUGGUGGAGGAAAAACAGUGUUUGAAAACCGUGAUCCCGACGUGCCUGGAUUAGAGGUGACUGGAUUCGACUACGUGGCAGAUUUGACACCGUAUAUGGAGGAAGCACAGUUAGUAGUGUCUCACGCUGGCGCAGGAAGCAUUUUACAGGCUUUACGCCGUGGAAAACGACUUGUCAUCGUACCGAACGAAACACUCAUGGACAAUCACCAAAUUGAACUUGCCGAGAAAAUGGACUCUUGUGGUUAUGCCAUGCGCGCAGCAACAUCUACGUUAGCUAAAGUCGUAGACCAGGCUUGCACAAAUUCUCCAACACCAUUUCCCGAGGCAGACUAUUCAAAGUUUCGUCAAGUGAUGGAAGACGUUGCCCUCUAAGUGUUUUGGUGAGCAUAACCGACUAAGAACUAUGACAAAUGCAAGGGAGAAAAACAGACACUGCGUGUUAGCAUACAUCCUGCUAACAAUGCAUGCCUAUCUCAAUCUCCUCUUGUUACGCCUUCUUGGUGUUUCCUUCCCCUUUUUGUUUACAACGCGUUGCAUUUAGGACGCGUCCUGCAUAAUGACGUAGUCCACUUGGAUGAG